AUGAGGAAUUCUGAUGACAGUAAUUUGUCAACAAACUAUUGGGACAGAUACAAUCUACGGGAGCAUCGGGCAGUGCAGGACGAUAGGCUUGGACAGCCUGGCAGUCUCCCAGCCCUCAUGUUUCCUUCGGGUGGUAUGGCAGUUAGGCCCCAAAAGGCCUGCUUGCAUUUGAUUGGACAAUACCGAACCAAUCACAGCAGUGGAGCACGGACGAUAACUCGUGGGUUUCAUUGGGGCGUGCUAACGGCUAUAGUGUGCCGUGAUGGGCUUAGCCAAGGCGGACAAAGGGCGUGCACUGGCCAUGUGAGCAGAUGCGAGGGGGGGACAAGUAAGUGGGGAAAUCUCGGUGUCUCCGAGGAGCAAACCAUCCGGAUACGUCUUAUCCGCUUUGGAAAAGCUAACUUGUGA